UCCCUCGCUCUUGAACAGCGCUAGCCGCCUGCAGCGUGGCACGCUACCCUUCCCUCUGCGCCUCGCCAGCGCCCCCCUCCCUCGAGCAGGUCAAUGGACGCACUCGGUCAGGUCCAGGUCGUUGUCGACCAAGGGACCCGGUGGCCCGUCGUCGGAGCAGCACACCAGCCAGGACCCUCGUCGCCAUCUCCCGUUGUACCGCUCGCGUACGCGUGGAAGGAGACGCCGACGAAGUGGUUCCCGCUGCCUCUGGCAGUCGGCGCUUUGCUCCUUGUAGCGAUCCAGCUUCGGCGACGAUAUACUUCGAAGCGCGUCCAGGUCGAUGACGAGGGGCGCGAGGUCGUGCGACUAAAAGGGCCCUGGCAGGUACAUGUCCUCGGGGCUCUCCCGUGGCGAAACCUGUCGAGAUUAUGGGGCUGGCUCAAUAGCUGCACCCUUCCCGUCUGGUUCCGGCCGUACGGAUUCCGCAUAUACGCAUGGGUUUUCGGGUGCAAUCUGGACGAGAUCGAGACCGACGAUCUCACUCAGUAUCGCAGUCUCGGAGAAUUCUUCUAUCGUAGACUGAAGGAGGGCGUGAGGCCCGUUGCGCAAGCCGCUCUGGUCAGCCCAGCGGACGGUACCGUAUUGCACUACGGCGUCGUGAAAGGCAAGCAGGUGGAGCAGGUCAAGGGCCUGACCUACUCUCUUGACGCUCUGCUCGGCGUCGAGACGCCGCCCGGCACACCCACUUCUUCGCGCCCCGUCGAGUUCCCGACGACCAACGACAUGUCCAUCGUCGCCGACGAGGAGUUCGCGAACGUGAACGGGAUCGAGUACACGCUCAAGCAGCUCAUCGGCGCCUCCGAGCCCUCGUCCGGGACGUCCACCCCGCGCACGCGCACGCCCUCGACGUCGUCGGAUCUGGAAGCCCAGCCGCUGCUGGAGCGGGAGGUCGAAGGGUCCGGCGCGAACGCCGGCUCGGACGAUCCCAAGCGCCCGCCGCCGCGGCACGGAAAGCAGGUCGACGCGUCGGUGGUGGACGAGGACGCGUCGCUGGCGGAGACGACCGCGCACGACGCGUCCGUGGCGAAGGAGAUGGGCGUCCGCCCGAGCCUCGGCCAGAGGCGGGGCAGCAUCUUCGAGCAGGGCACCAAACCGGGCAACGCCCUCUUCUUCUGCGUCAUCUACCUCGCGCCGGGCGACUACCACCGGUUCCACAGUCCGACGGCGUGGGUGGUCGAGAAGAGGCGGCACUUCGUCGGCGAGCUGUUCUCCGUCUCCCCUUACGUCGCCAAACGGCUCCAAAACUUGUUCGUGCUCAACGAGCGCGUCGCGCUCCUCGGCCGAUGGCGAUACGGCUUCUUCAGCAUGGUCCCCGUCGGCGCGACGAACGUCGGGAGCAUCAUCCUCAACUUCGACAACGAGCUCCGCACCAACGUCCGCGGCCGCGUCCCGCCGCCCGGAACGUACACCGAGGCCGUCUACUCCGCGGCGUCGCCGAUCUUGAACGGCAAGCCGCUCCGCCCGGCGGAGGAGAUGGGCGGGUUCUGCCUCGGGAGCACGAUCGUGCUCGUGUUCGAGGCGCCGAAGGACUUCACGUUCGCGAUCAGGGACGGGCAGAAGGUGAAGGUGGGCGAGGUGUUGGGCGAUGUUGGGCAGCAGCAUUCGCCGCAGCAGCAGCGGAGGGAGGAGGCGAAGAAGGAUGUAUAAUAGCAACGCAUAUAAUGGUUCAACCCAUCAUGACAAUAAUGCAUAUAAUGCUUUCGACGUCGCCGUUGGGCCCGGCGUAAG